AUGGGCAUGGAGAUGGAUUUGAGUCCGCAAUUGGCGAAGAAGGCGUACGGUGGGGAUGGAGGCGCCUAUUACUCGUGGUCUCCAGCCGAGCUUCCGAUGCUGCGUGAAGGAAACAUCGGCGCAGCCAAGCUGGUGCUGAAGAAGGAUGGCUUUGCCCUCCCUCGUUACUCGGAUUCCUCCAAAGUGGCUUAUGUUCUGCAAGGCCACGGAGUUGUCGGAAUCAUUCUACCGGAGUCGGAGGAGAAGGUGAUCGCAAUCAAAAAGGGAGAUGCGAUGGCGCUUCCAUUCGGCGUGGUUACAUGGUGGUACAACAAAGAAGGCGCUGAUGAACUGGUGGUUCUGUUCUUAGGCGACACUUCAAAAGCCCACAAAUCUGGCCAAUGGUAA